AAGUAAGAAAUAGUAGAAAAUAGAUACAAUAGUUUUAAUUAUAUAAUAUUUUUAACCCGGCUAUAUUUAUGUUUGUGUUUGCUGCAAUCCGUUGCUAAUUACAUUGUAAAAUUUGUUUGAUCAAUACUUAAAUUACAAACAAAACAAACGUAACUUCGUCUUCGGCUACAAUGUUUCGAAAUGAGUUACAAGAUGAUGGAGAUUUGCGGACUGAAAUUUUUCAUCUGAAGAAAAAUUUAUCCAACAUUAGCACCGAAAAUCGUAUGCUAAAGGUGAAAAUACGCAAAUUGCAGAAUGAAAUUAUUAAAAAGGAUAAACAAAUUGAUGCUAUAUUGGAUCCAAAAAAGCCCAUAGAAGUCUCUAAAAUUCUGUACGAACGGAGCGCCUCCUUUGUCUUAAAUAUGAAAGAAAAAAAUGACGAACUUUUACAAAUACUUCAUGAAAAAGACAUCAUCAUACGACGUUUGCAAAAUCAACUUGGUGCAGCCAAAUUAUAUUCCCAACCUCUCCAAAAACAAUUCCAGAAUAAAUAUUCGGAUGAUUUAAACUGGGACAAUGAAAUUGGACAAAUUCAAAUUAAAGUCCCUACUUUGAAAAAUGUUAAACAUACAAUAUUUAAUGAUGAAAUAAAGAAAAAAACAAACAGGAGCUUAUCAUGGACUUGUGAAGCUGAAUCUUCAGUCGAAUUUAAUAAAAAACAUCAAAAUGAAAGAAGUAAAAGUGGAGGAAAAGAUCAAUACAAAAAUUUUCUUUCAACAAUUAAAGAUUCAAAUUCUCGACAAACAAGUUCUCGGAAAUCAAGUCCGGAAAGUGAUCUUGAACGAAUUGAACUUCUUUGUGAAAGUCCACAUGAAGAAAUUCAACAACUGCAUUCAUAUUUUCUCGACAUUAUUGCAGAACUAGGUCACUUAAAAAAUACAGUGACUGAAUUACAAAUUGAUAAAAAUAAAACUGACUCUGCGAUAAAAAAAGAAAAUUUUACAAUCGAUAUGUUAGCCAAAGAACUAAAAAACUUGAGACUCAAUAAACCAAAACCAAACAGAAAUUAUAGUAGAAGAUUCCACAGUGCAGAUCUAGUUGCAAAAGUGUAUACGGCAAAUAAGGUGACCAACAAAAGUGUAAAAGAAAAUAAAAGCAAAGAUAAAACCAAAGGGAAGAAAACAGGAUCUGAGGGCACAAAUGGCCCAAAAUUCAAGUUCAAAAAUAAUAAGACUCAAGGAACCAAAAGUGUUAUGGUUCAAGUAGACGAUUUAAAUGACAAUACGGAAUUUUCCAAUCAGUGUCUUUACAUUGAAAGAGAUAAUAUUACAAUAAAGGAAAAAUCAAAAUCACCUGAUGACAGAGAAGAUGAGUAUGAUAAUGAAGUGUUUGAAGAAUAUGAAGCAGUUGAAACACCAAAUUGAAGCACUUUCAUUUUUAGAUUUAUUUUUCUAGUAUACUUAGUUUUAUUAUUGUGAAUUUUAAUAAGUGAAAAUAAAGCUCGAUCGAUUAUGAAUAAGAAUUAGCCAUUCGUUAACAUG